AGGUAUGUGGGAGUAAGUGGAGUGUAUCCACCCGACCUGAAUUCUGAGUGCUGGGGACCUCUGAUGGAUGAAUGAUGAGGAUAUGGUGCAUUGUGCUGUGUGGAGUGAUUGAUAGGAGCUGUUAAGUGCAAAUUGAUUCUCUGAUCACUUACAGAGAAAAUGAACCUCUUAUAACAAUGCAGCCAGGCCCUCAAGGCCAGACUCCCGUAGAGAUCUCCCUACUCAGUUGCUCCUGUCCAUUCCUUUUGAAGGAUGAUCCUUCAGGGCCUCUGUCCCCCACAGGAGUUUGAGCUAGUUCUUCAUUUUGACACAUUAUCAUCACUAAGACAUCCUGCAACAAAUGGAUGAACCUGACAAUUCUCUCUUCUCUGGAGUUCCAUUUAUAUAACUCCUACUUGCAGCCAGUACACACACAGCAGAACUUUUCAAAUGGAUCUUCAAGAGGGGCAGACUGGUUUGAAGAGGAACAAGCUUACUUCACCAUGUGCUACCAAAGCACAUUGCUGAACCCUAGAUUAGUGCUUAGAAAGGCAGUAGCAUGGGCCCAGAUUGCUCCAAGGCUACAAUAAUCUUAAUGAGGAGGUAGCAUGAAGUCUACAUACCGCUUGUCUUAGUAGUAAUGGGACUAGGCAAAUCACAAUCGAUCAUAGAUCUGAAUAAAGUUUUUUUUUAAUCUUUACUCUCUUCUGUCAGAACUUAUUCACCUAAAAUGUUAUCCACCAUUGUUCACUCUUGAACAUUCUUGGAACUGCCAUAGACCAAUAGGUCAGACUGACCUGUUUUCACUCUAAGUGAUGUAUUUUGCAAAUGAUUUAGCCCAACAUCAGGAUUACAUCAAGUCACUUGUUAUUUAUUUUUUCAGCUGCCGUCACAUCCUCCCCUGAUUCCUUCUUGCCAACUAGCCAAUUGCCUGCCACCACCAUCCUGUCGCUUGUCUGCCUUACGCUGAUAUUUUUUUCCUGUUAUGCAUCGAGCCUUCUUGAAAUAAUUUUAUUCACGGCUCCUAAGCACUUGACUCUGUUUCCAUUUAACUGCUGAACAUCAGCAACUCUUCUGGUCCUUAUGUAUGCUGACAUUGCAAAUGGUUCUGCUUGAAUACUAUCUCACUUCCUUUCAAACCCAUCAUCAUCAUCAAUGCUGUCCUCAAAACUAAACAUAUUUAAUCCUCCUAUGCCUGACAGUGAACUACCUUAUUUCUGAUAUGAUUUUUAUGUUCUUAGGUCUUCCAGGACGUGAAGCCUGUUAUCAAUCAUUCCCAAAUAUUUUGCUGAGUAUUCGUUUCAUUAUUACAACAGGAGAAAUAAUUUGUGGCUCUAUGAAAUCAAAUGAAGAAUAUUGUCAAAGGAAUGGUGAUUUGGUUGAAGACAAAAACAAAAAUGUCUGUAGCCAGUUAAGAACAGCUUGUCAGUGUCCUCGGCAAGUGGCUGACCCCCAGCAGAAAAUAUGUAACAUCAGCCCAGUGCUAAGGCAAUGCCUCCUGGUUUGGAUUUAUGUGAAACAUAAAAUUCAACUCUUGGAUGAUAUUCUGAAACAUCUUCUCCUAAGGGAGCAACUGUGCAAUACAGAUUGGAUUGAUUCUACCCUUGGUUUGCUGCUGUUGGGUGAAGCUGCCAAAAUGAACAUGGCUUGUUUAAAGGUUUUGACAGAGCUGGGCACAGCUCUUGUAUCACGCAUUAGUUCUCAUAAUUUAAAACAGCUAAUCCAACUCUAUUGCUGUAUACUUGGAGACAUUUGUCUCAAUGGUAACACCUCAGAAAUUCAAAAGACUGCUCUAAACGGAUUUGGAAAUUCAUCAAAGUCACCCAAUAGGACGAAUGCACCAGGAUUGCUCCAACUUCUUCAGAUCCAGCCAGCAACAGCACCAGGAGAUGAUCAGGAUUGUAGCUGGUGGGUUCGCUACGGAGCAGCAUACAGUUUGGCAAAGUUCUGCCGCAUUCUUUAUGGUGACAAGAAUCAAGAGGGGUUAAGGAAUGCUGCAUGGAAUGCUCUCCAAAAACACCAAAACGUGGAACAGGAUACUCGAGUCUUGGCAGCUAUUAAAGUAGCUGAGGCAGAGUUAAAUGGCCCCAUAAAUCCUUUUACCAGUGGAAGUUCUAAAACAUCACCAUCUCUCAGGAGCUCAGUAGCAGUUCACUUUCUGGGUUGGCGAAUAGCUAGUGUUCUGUCUCAGCUUUGCCUGCCUCCUGUGAUUCCUUAUAUCUUUUUGCCUCGGAUGUUGCCUCAACGACCCAUUAAUUCCAGGUCUCCACUUCAGAAACAAGUGAACGUAGAAAACAAAAUGACACGUCUUUCGCUCAGGCAGGAAAUAACAUUAGCACAAGCAGAUCUUGAGUCACUGCCUGAUUUCAACACUCGAGCAAAUUUCAAUCUGCGGAGAAUAGUGGAAGAUCAGGCAAGGAUGCCCCGAGACAUGGUACAUUGGCGAAACCAUACAGACGCUAUGACAACGGAAGAAUGGACACUACGCAACAAUCGUCAAGCAGGAAUGUUCCCUCCCAGUGGGGGAGCACUUCAGUGGCCAAGGACUUGGAUCUUCAGUGGAGAAAAGAGUUGCAAGCAGAAAUGGAAAAGAAAGAUAAAGAAAGGGAGCUGCAACUCCAGGAGAAACAGAAAAUAGAAGCCGAAGAUUUUAGUGAGACGAUGAAGAGGAAAGAGGAAAAGCUUCACAAAAAGUCAACCCUAUGUGAAAUUCCAUCUUAAUGGAAAAUUUCAAGGAUAACAGUGCAUCCAAACUAUUCAUGUCUACAACAGAGAAGCAACAUCCCCUGGCAGGGGAGAAGUGCCUUGUAUUGAAAUACUCUUCUUAAUUUCCUCUGUGGCAUUGUCAGAAUUUGUUAAAAGAAGACAUUAGAAAUGCAACUUUUAUUCUUUUAAAAGCUAUUACAAAUGAAUGCAUUUUAUGUCCUAAUAAAAGACAUAUUGCUUUGCAGUAAA